AUGGAAGAUCAAGCGUUAGACGUGGAGGAGAUUGCUGUAGAGGAAGACGUCAGCUUUUUCACUGAUAUUGAUGAAUUACAGUCCCAUGGAAUUAACGUAGCUGACAUUAAGAAGUUAAAAUCUGCAGGGAUUUGUACUGUACGUGGCGUUCAAAUGACAACUCGCCGCAAAAUGUGUACCAUUAAGGGUCUCUCUGAAGCUAAAGUAGAUAAAAUAAAGGAGGUUACGGCCAAAUUGAGUGGUGGAGAGGGGUUUGUGACGGCUCUUGUGAUGUGUGAACGUCGUCGUCACAUAUUUCGGGUGAGCACAGGUUCUGCGGAGUUGGACACUCUGUUGGGAGGCGGAAUCGAGAGUAUGGCCAUCACAGAGGUGUUUGGAGAGUUUCGCACCGGCAAGACACAACUUUCCCACACCCUCUGUGUAACAGCUCAAAUUCCAAACGACACCGGCACUUACACAGGAGGCAAGGUAAUCUUCAUUGACACCGAAAAUACUUUUCGUCCCGAUCGUCUUCGAGCCAUCGCAGACCGCUUUAACUUGGAACAGGAAGCAGUAUUGGAUAAUGUGCUCUAUACUCGGGCUUUCACUUCCGAGCAUCAGCUUGAAAUUCUCGACUAUGUAGCUGCACAGUUCCACGAGGAGCCAGGCAUCUUCAAGCUUCUCAUUGUUGACUCAGUAAUGUCACUAUUUCGAGUGGACUUCAGUGGACGUGGUGAACUAGCUGACAGACAGCAGAGGUUAGCACAGUAUCUGUCACGGCUCCAGAAAAUAAGUGAGGAAUAUAAUGUGUCCAUUUUUAUCACAAAUCAGAUGACUGCUGAUCCAGGUGCCACAAUGUCCUUUCAAGCUGACCCCAAGAAACCAAUUGGUGGUCAUAUCUUAGCACAUGCUUCCACUACCCGUGUGUCACUACGCAAAGGCAGAGGGGAAACACGUAUUGCAAAAAUUUAUGAUAGCCCCGAAUUACCCGAAAACGAAGCCACAUUUGCUAUCACGGCAGGCGGAAUAGCGGAUGCAAAGGAAUGA